CCAAGCCAAUAUCUAAGAGUGCCGCACAAAACAUUAUAUAUGGGUUUAUCACUUUCUCUCUUCCUUUUCUUACUUUCACAGUUGCAUCUUAUAUUCACUCAUUCUUCUCCUUCCGCGCAACCCCUCUGCCAUCAUGAUGACAGCUCUGCCUUGUUGCAAUUCAAGGAAAGCUUUUUCAUCAACAAAUCUACAUCUUAUCAUCCUUCAACUUGUCAAAAGGUUGCAUCUUGGACAGUAGAAGGAGACAAAAGUGAUUGCUGCUCAUGGGUUGGGAUAAAGUGUGAUGAGGACACUGGUCAUGUAAUUGGCCUCGACCUCAGUAACAGUUGUCUGUUUGGUUCUAUUCACUCCACAAGUAGCCUUUUCCGCCUUGUUCACCUCCAAAGGCUUAACCUUGCCUACAAUGACUUUAACCAGUCUCAGAUCUCAUCCCAAGUACGUGAUUUUUCAAGGCUAACACAUCUCAACCUCUCUUACUCUGUGUUUUCUGGUCAAAUACCGUUAGAAAUUUCACAAUUGUCGCACUUGUCAUCCCUCGAUUUGUCUUAUAACCAUGAUUUGGAACUCAAAAAGCCCAGCCUAAGAAGCCUAGUUCGAAAUUUGACCUACCUACAAAAGCUUGAUUUGAGUUUUGUGAACAUUAGCUCUACGGUGCCUGCUAUUUUGGCAAAUUUGUCUUCUUUAAAGUUCCUCUAUCUUUAUGAUUGUGGUUUGCACGGGAAAUUCCCAGCAAGCAUCUUCAAGCUAUCAAAUUUACGGUUUCUUUCUGUAAGUUUCAAUUUUGACCUCACCGGUUAUUUGCCUGGCUUUACAUGGAGUAGUUCGCUUGAGACAUUGGAUCUCUCAAUCACAAGUUUCUCAGGUGAGCUACCCGCUACCAUAGGAAACCUUGGCUUCCUGACUACGUUGAUUAUGUCGGAUUGCAAUUUCUCGGGUUACAUUCCAUCUACACUUGGUAAUCUUUCUAAACUCACUUAUCUUGACCUUUGGUCUAACUCUUUCGUGGGUAACGUCCCGCCUUCUCUUGGUAACCUCACUAAACUCACUUAUCUUGACCUUGCGUAUAACGCUUUUGUGGGUAACGUCCCGCCUUCACUUGGAAACCUUAUUGAACUCUCUUAUCUAGACAUUUCCUACAAUCAAUUGACUGGUCCUGUCCCUUUUGUGCUUCUAAACUUGCCACAACUGUUGAGAAUUUAUUUGUCUAAUAAUCUUUUGAGUGGUGAAAUGCAUUUCGGGCUUGUGAAUGAGACACAGUUGACCUCCCUUGACCUGAGGAACAAUCGGUUAGCUGGUCCAAUUACUUUUGGGCCUACAAACCUCACACAAUUACGUUUCUUGGACGUUGCAGCCAACGAGCUUCAUGGUCAAAUUUCAAACUCACUCUUCAACCUUAAGAAUCUUGAACUUCUUGAUCUUUCUGAGAACUACCUUAACGACAUUGUGCAGUUUGAUGAGUUUGUUAAGCUUAAUUAUUUAAAUACUUUGGAUAUCUCUGGUAAUGAAUUGUUGUUACAUACAAAAGAAACUGGUGCCAAUGCAACUCGUCAAGAUUUUGUUGCUUUAGGAUUUUCUUCGUGCAACUUGAGUGAGUUUCCGAAUUUCCUAAGAAACCAACAUGGAUUGGUUUUUUUAGACAUGUCCAACAACAAGAUUCAUGGACAAGUCCCGGAAUGGAUGUUGAACACAAGCACCGUAAGUCUACAAGCUCUUGAUCUUUCUAACAACUUUCUCAUAGGCUUUGGUCAACAUCAAGUUUUUCUUCCAUGGACUUCUCUAGCUUUUCUUGAUCUCAGUUCCAAUUUGCUCCAAGGAUCGCUUCCUAUUCCACCAGUCUCCACUCAGUUUUUUCAUAUUUCAAACAACUCAUUGACUGGAAAUAUACCUGAAUUGUUUUGCAAUCUGAGUUCUCUUGUAGUCCUUGAUUUGGCUAAUAACAACUUUAAUGGUUCACUUCCUCGAUGCUUGGACAACUUUGGUGCUCUAUCAGUACUUGAUCUGCGAUGGAACAAAUUUCAAGGAAGUAUUCCAGAAAGUUGGAUAAAAGGAGGUAGCUUGGUGUUGAUAAAUUUCAGUCAAAAUAAAUUCCAAGGGCAUAUACCGAGAUCGUUGGCCAAGUGCACGGUGCUAAAGGUCCUUGAUCUUCGUGAUAACCAAUUCAUUGAUAUAUUUCCAUUUUGGUUGGGACAUCUUCCAAAUUUAGAGGUCCUCAUUUUAAGGUCAAACAAAUUCAACGGUCCAAUCGGGACACCUCAAACUUAUUUGAAGUUCCCUAACAUGCGAAUACUUGACAUCUCCUACAAUAAUUUUAUGGGAAAGUUGCCAUUAAGACUUUUUGAAAAUUGGAAGACCAAGAAAUUUGAGAAUGUGCAUCCGUUCACAUAUAUUCAUGAAGAUUCAUACUUUCGAAUACAUAAAGGUUUUAGUUGGGGUUCGGAUUUUCCUCUCCCUUAUACUUACUCUAUGAUGAUGACAAACAAAGGCAGGGAUCUUUUCUACAAUAAGGUCCAAGAAUUAUUCACAGCCAUUGAUUUCUCGAGCAACCAAUUUGUCGGUGGUAUUCCAACAUCUAUUGAAAAUUUAAAGGGAGUUCAGUUGCUCAAUCUUUCCAAUAACAAUCUCACUGGUCACAUCCCAUUGUCUUUAGGAAAACUUACAGAUUUGGAAGCAUUGGACCUUUCUCAGAACAAAUUGUCAGGGGCAAUUCCACAGCAGCUAACACAACUUACUUUCUUAGAAUUCUUCAAUGUUUCUCAUAAUAAUCUCACGAGACUGAUACCACAAGGGAAACAAUUUGAUACAUUUGAAAACAAUUCAUUUGAGGGGAAUUCUGGAUUGUGUGGGAGACCGUUGACAAGGAAAUGUGGGAAUUCUAAUGAGCCGUCUUCUCAACUUCCAAUCUUAGAAGAAAGUCAAGAGUUGGGAUCACCAUUUGAAUUUGGUUGGAAAAUAGUUGUGAUUGGAUAUGGAUUCGGAUUUGUUGUUGGAGUAAUAAUUGGGCCUAUUGUGAUCGUAAGAAAGCAUGAUUGGUUAAUGAAGACCUUCAGAAUAAGGCCACUACGCAGGAGGAGAUGCUGAAAUUAAAUAAAAUAAUUUGGACAGAUACCUUCCGAAAGUAAUAGCAAAAGAGACGAGAAGAACAACUGCAAAGAGAAUAUCAAAAUUCCUGGAAUUCAUUUUUUGUGGGUGAAGGGUUUCUCAGAAAUCUCAUAACAAAGAUUUGAGAAGAAUCGAUGUGAAUAGCUUUGUGGGCUAUUGAAGUUCGAAUGCAUGUAAUGGAGCUCGUGUUUUCCCUUUUUAUUUUAUUUAUCUGUACUCUUUUCACUUUUUCAAUUAAUCAAAUUACGUAUCCAAUUAA